AUGGCGCCGCCCGCCGAGAUAUCCAUCCCAUCCACGUCACUACACACGCCGCCCGACGGCUCCAAGCCCUACACCCUCUAUAACAUCACCCUGCGCCUACCCCUACGCACCUUCGUUGUGCAGAAGCGAUACUCCGACUUUGCAGACCUACAUCAGACCCUGCAGUCGCUGGUCGGCAGCCCGCCGCCCGCGCCGCUACCGGGCAAGUCAUGGUUCAAGUCGACGGUGAAGUCGCCCGAGCUCACCGAGGACCGACGCAGAGGCCUGGAGUCGUACCUCCGCUCGAUAGCCGAGUCGCCCGAUCGCCGCUGGCGCGACACCUCAGCCUGGCGCCAGUUCAUGCAGCUGCCGGGUAUCAACAGCGCCGGUAACAGCGCUGCCUCUGUACGCGCGGGCGCCGGCUUCGGAAUCCCCAAUAAGGAUGCGGCCAAUGCGGCGGCCGCCCUCGACCCCGGCACAUGGCUCGACCUACACAAGGAGAUGAAGAGCGACCUUCAGGAGGCAAGGAGGUGCCUAGCAAGGCGAGACGGGGCAAACGACAACACGGCGGCGCUGGAAGCUGGCGCGGCGGCCAAGAAGGCACUCAUCAAGGCCGGCGGCCUCCUGAUAGCCCUCACCCAGGGGCUGCGGGGCAUGCAGGAAGGAAAGCGGCUCGGAGACGGCGAACUUCGAAGGCGGAAAGACCUCCUCGCAGCCGCUAGGGUCGACCGCGAGGAUCUGGACAAGUUGAGCAACUCAAUAGCCGCCGUCGCCAGGGCCGGCGCUGCUAGUGGCAUGGCUUCGGCAAGCGACAAGGCGGCAUUAAUAGGGAACGGGCCCCGCGCGGGCGGCAGGGUGCUCGGCGCGCCGCUGCCCGAGACGGAGCGGACGAGGGAGCUGGACAACCAGGGGGUGGCACAGCUCCAGCAGCAGAUGAUGCGGGAGCAGGACGAGGACGUCGAGAGCCUGGCCAAGGUCCUCCGGCGCCAGAAGGAAAUCGCCCUCGAGAUCAACCGGGAGGUCGAGGAGCAGACAGAGAUGCUGGACCAGGUGAACAACGACGUCGACAGGCUCCAGACCAAGACCGACAUUGCGAAGAAGCGCAUCAAGGGACUUCGAUGA